AGGCCAUGGAGCAGCAGACGAUCACGCUGUCGAAGGCGGGCAUCCAGGCCACGCUCAACGCCCGUACGUCGAUCCUCGCCUCGUGCCUGCCCAAGGCCGUGUACUAUCAGCCCACGCAGCCGCUGCACAAGAAUUGCGACUUGUCUGCGCCCAUCAUGUCACGCUUCGACCUCAUGUUCGUCAUGCAGGACAUCCACGACGAGACCAACGACCUCCGCGUUGCGAAGCACAUCUUGUCGCUUCACAGGCAGACAACGGAGGAGACCAGCCUGCAGCUCUCCCCCACGGACCUGAUGCGCUACAUCCGCUACGCUCGGGCGCACAAGCCGAAGAUCACGCCGGAGGCCAAGAAGCAGCUGGUCCGCUCCUACAAGGCACUGAGGAAGGACCGCCACUCCUACAUGCGCGGGCACGCGGGUGUGACUGUGCGGCAGCUCGAGAGCCUCAUUCGGCUCUCGGAGGCGAUUGCGAGGGUGAACCUUUCGGACCAGGUCACCGCAGAUCAUGCCAAGGAGGCCUUCGACCUCCAGAUGAAUAGCCUCAAGCGGGUGGAGCACGAGGACCUC